AUGUUGUCACCGAUGGACUCGACGGUGAACAGCAGUGGGGUCGGUGCCGGCAGCACCAGCCCCGGCAGUGCCGAGUAUCGUAAGAAGCGCAUAAAGAACGUCCAGAAGCUCGAGCUGGUGCGGCUGAUGAAGGCCAACUUCCUGUUUAUUCGCGGCAAGCACGCGGUGGCGCGCUGCGAGAAGAGCCGAGGGGAUGUCUGGAAGAUGAUUACGGCACGGCUAAACAACCUGGGACCCCCGGUACAGUCGGCGGAAGCGUGGCAGCGGCGGUGGAACGAUAUGCGCUCGGCGACCAAAAGCAAGAUGGCCAAGAUCCAGAACUACAUCCGCGAGCACGGCGACGAGUGCCCGUACAAGCUGAACCUGGUGGAGCGGCUCAUCUGGGACACGUUCAGCGUCAAGCCGGAGGAGUACAUAAAGGAUCUGAAUAUGAAGUUGUGGCGCGAGAAACAUCAGCUGGGGCUCGGUCAACCUUCCCCUAUGAUGGCGAUCGAUAGUGAAUCGGGAAGCUCGGCGGACGUGUCUCUUGUGCAUGGGUUUGAGCCGACGGGCAGGAGUAGCAACGCCUUGGAGUCCAUCACGAGCAGCGCGGCCAGCUCCCCGUGGCAAGAUUCGAUGUCGUUCGCAACGGGACCCAUGUCGAAUCAGACCUGCUCGAGGGUGGACGCUAAUCAACCGAUGGAACCGAUCAAUCCAUCGCUCCCAGGCUGUAGUGUCAACCAGGACAGCUUUUACCCUCAAUCUACAUCCGGAAUGAGUUACGGCACGUACCUGGGAGUGAGUGCCAAUACCCAAACGUCCACGCUCGGCCGAAAUACGAACGAGGCUGGCCAGUGGCAUAAUUCCGUCUCUUCUUCAGAAUUACGGGUGGAUGGUGCUGCGACCCAGAGCAAGACGUCCGUGCCACCGGAUAUGGUGUCCGCAAAUAAAGUGUUGCGAGAUUUGAACAAACUGUUCGACUUGGUCCUGAGGCAAAAUGAAGAAAUUUUGAAUCUUUUACGCCAAUCGUGUAGUGAAAAUUGA